CGUCUCAUUUCAGUACCACCGCUGUGGACAGCUCCUAGCGGAAUCAGACGGGUCGGAUCCUGCGCUACUGCUUUUCAUUCGCUAGAUGGCGCCUUCGACGCGACACACACACACACAGACACAGACACACUCGCACAGUCUCACACAAACACGCAUUCUCAUACCCUCACGCCAUUGACAGUCAACGCGUACACCAUACGGGUAAAAUCUGCUCGAGACACCCGCUUCAACCCAACUCACACCAAGCUCGCGGGCCUGACGGUGACAUCGGCGGACUAACGGACACAAACAGAGGCCAACGUGAGUAAUUAAGAGAAUGUCAGAGAGCGUUGGCACGUGAUGGUGAUGAUAUUGAUAUUUUGGGGGAGGCGGACAGAUUGAGGACGAGGCGUGAGCCCGCAGAGUGCGCUGCUUAUCGGGAGCGGAGACGCGCGCGGCUUGAGCUUCGGUAUUUGGGGGAUUUUGGGGGGCGACGCGGGAACGCAGCUCCGCCGCAGGAUCGAAGGUGCUGCAGGGAGACACACGGUGUGUGCUGAAACACGGAGCGAACGCAGAGCAGGUGGCGGCUCGAGGUCCUGCAGCGCUGCGUGGGGCUUCCCGGGCAGCUGAGGCGACGAAGGCUCGCGAGGUCAUCUGUGUCGCCCUGAACGAUGGUGUCCAUGGCGAUCGCUCUGACACUGUCUGUCACUCUCCUGCACCUCACAGCAGGCACGACCCCUGACCCCAUACAGGCAGUCCCGUCUGUGAGGCACAUUGAGCCGGUUUCCACGGUGAUGUCACCUGGCGUCCUGACCACGGCUGUGACAUCAUCAUCAUCAUCAGCUCUGAGGGGGGGGGGCGUCACGUCCCCUCCCACGGAGGAGGAGACCACCACCACCCUCAUCACCACGACAACCAUCACCACGGUGCACACCCCAGUGCAGUGCAAUGCCAGUCUGUCCUGGAUGGAGGGUCUGGUGGAGUCUCUGGACCCCCUGUCUGCUCCCCUCUCCCCCCUGGAGUGCACCUACAGCAUCGCCGUUUACCCCGGGUACGGGGUGGAGAUACAGGUCCAGAAGGUUAAUCUGUCGAAGGACGAGUCUCUGACCAUUCUGGGCCUCGGGGAGGCGGAGCCAGAGCUCCUGGCCAAUGAGACCAUCAUGAAGGAGGGUCAGGUGAUCCGGAGCUCGACCAAUCAGGUGCAGAUUCACUAUCGCAGCCUACGGCAGACCAAUCACGGGGUCUUCAGUCUGCACUACCAAGCGUUCCUCCUUUCCUGCCCCUUCCCUCUCCCUCUGGACGGGGGAGGGGUGACCGUGACUGACCUUCACCCUGGGGGUCUGGCGCACUUCCACUGUGACCCCGGCUUCCAGGUCAGAGGUCACGAGGUCGCGACCUGCCUGAACACCACUCGCCCCCGCUGGAGCUCCGCCCAGCCUCAGUGUGUGGCUGUCUCCUGUGGUGGCUGGAUCAGAAAUACCACAGUGGGGCGUAUACUCUCCCCCACAAUCCCCCCAGCUGGUAACCAUAGCAGCAGCACCAACCUCAGCUGCCAUUGGCUGCUGGAGGCCAAGGAGGGACACCGGCUCCACCUCCAUUUCGAAAGGGUGGCUCUUGACGAGGAUAACGACAAGCUGGUCGUGCGCAGUGGGAACAGCUCUGUGGCUCCGCUGCUCUUCGACUCGGACCUGGACGACGUUCCGGAGCGCGGCAUCAUGAGCGAGGGACCCUCCCUGUACCUGGAGCUCACCGCUGACUCCGCCUCCAUCCCACUGCUGUUCGCCCUGCGCUACGAGGCGUUUGACGGAGAGCAUUGCUACGAGCCGUAUGUUCCCCAUGGCAACUUCAGCAGCAGUGACAUGUCCUUUCCUCUGGGGGCGCUGGUGACCUUCUCCUGUUCUCCCGGCUUCGUCAUGGAAACAGGGUCAGGGGUCAUUGAGUGUGUGGAUGCCAGCGAUCCCCAUUGGAAUGACAGCGAACCUGUCUGCAGAGCUCUGUGUGGUGGGGAGUUGACGGUGCCCUCUGGGACGGUUCUGUCACCUGAUUGGCCGCAGAGCUACGCCAAGGGGCAGGACUGUGUGUGGCAGAUCCGUGUCAGCGAGGACAAGCGCAUCGAGCUGGACGUUCAGAUUCUAAACAUCCGCCAUAAUGACAUCCUGACUGUAUAUGAUGGCCAUGACCUCACGUCGCACGUGAUUGGUCAAUACCUCGGGCCGCGGGAGCGCUUCCGGGUCGUGUCGGGAGGGUCAGAGGUCACCAUUGAGUUCCAGAGUGACCCCGACGACUCCAGCUUCAUCCUGAGUCAGGGCUUCCUCAUCCACUACCGUGAGGUGGAGCCUAAUGACACGUGUCCGGCCCUUCCACCAAUCGAGUUUGGCUGGAGUAGCUCCUCCCACCCCUCCCUGGUGCGCGGCAGCGUGCUGACCUUCCAGUGUCAGCCAGGAUAUGACAUCGUCGGCUCUGACAUCAUCACCUGCCAGUGGGACCUGUCCUGGAGCAACAGCCCUCCCACCUGUGUGAAGAUCCAGCAGUGUCCAGACCCAGGGGACGUGGUGAACGGAGCGCGCUCAGUGCACCCAGAGCUGGGCUUCGCCGUGGGAACGGUGGUGCGCUUCACGUGUAACCAAGGUUACCAGCUGGAGGGACCCAGCCAGAUCUCCUGCCACGGCCGGGACACCGGCACCCCCAAAUGGAGCGACCGCAGCCCCAAGUGUGUCUUAAAGUAUGACCCGUGCCCCAACCCCGGCGUCCCUGAUAACGGCUACCAGACGCUGUACAAGCACAGCUACCAGGCGGGGGAGAUGCUGCGCUUCUUCUGCUACGAAGGCUACGAGCUCGUGGGGGAUGUGGUCAUCAACUGCGUGCCUGGACACCCCUCCCAAUGGAGCAGCAACCCCCCCUUCUGCAAAGUGGCCUAUGAUGACCUGCUGGACGAGCACAAGCUGGAAGUCUCCCAGUCGUAUGAACCCUCCCACCAGAUGCUGAGCGAGAACAUUGCUUUGGCGAUAAUCCUGCCAAUCAUCCUGGUCCUUCUUCUGAUUGGAGGAAUCUACAUGUACUACACCAAUGUGUGUAGGUUGCAUUGGAAGCCGCUGUUCUGGAAGUCUCUCUCCCACACACACUCCUACAGCCCUAUCACGGUGGAGUCGGACUUCAACAACCCUCUCUAUGAAGCAGGGGACACACGGGAGUAUGAGGUGUCCAUCUGAAGCUGCCGUGGAACCCCCCAGCGCCCCCGACCGCCCCACCCCCGCCCCGCCCCCGCCCCCGCCACACCCCUGAGGACUAAUAUCGCUCCUCAUCAUCCUCUCCUCCUCCUCCUCCUCUUCCUCCUCUUCGGUUGGGGUUACUCUAGAUCAUUCAUGUUUGCUUCAUUCCAUCUCUCAUCUCUUAGUGGGGAUCCUGAGUUUAUGGAGUGACUGUGUGUGUGUGUGUGUGUGUGUGUGUGUGUGUGUGUGUGUGUGUGUGUGUGUGUGAGUGUGUGUGUGU